AUGGUAACACAGAAUGAUACAACAGCAAUCAAAGUUGCACGACAGUGUUUUUCAAUGCUCGUUAGAAUUGUGGAUGAAUUAUGUUGCUUGGAGUUGGGCAAAGAACUGAUAUCUGCUGUUAAUAAAUUUACAUAUUUUUUAAUUCAAAACGAAAGUUUUCCGUACGCUAAAUUACUCAGGAAACGAUUAAUGGCACGUUUUGAACAAAAAGCAAAUGUUAAAACACCGUUAAUCUACGAAGCUCAAUCAGGCUUAAAAAACAAGCAAUCAACUCUGUUUGAAUUCCGGUCGAGCGCAAUUGCAAAACAAAUGACGCUGCUUGAUGCAGAUUUGUUCCACAAAAUUGAGCCACCUGAAAUGCUUUGGUGGGCCCAAGAACAGGAUGAACGAAAAAGCCCAAACCUUUGUGCCUUUACCGAACAUUUUAACAAGGUUUCCUAUUGGGUACGAACAAUGGUUAUACGACCAAAAGAGCAGCGGUUACGGGAUAAAUAUCUAUUAAAAUUUAUUAAAAUCAUGAAGCAAUUGCGUAGUAUGGGAAAUUACAAUUCCUACUUAGCGGUAUUGUCUGCCCUUGAAUCGGGUCCGAUACGCCGUUUAGAAUGGCCAAAGAAUUGUGUCGAUAUGUUGAAGGAACAUGCAGCGAUCAUGGACAGCACAUUUUCCUUCAAAAAUUAUCGAAAUCUUCUUGCUGAAAGUCGUCCCCCUUGUCUACCAUAUCUAGGUUUGGUACUACAAGACUUGACAUUUGUACAUAUCGGAAAUCCAGACUAUCUGUCACCGAAACAGUGUCAAGGCAAGAAAAGCUUAUUAAAUUUCGGUAAACGAUGGCAACAAUUUACCAUUCUUGACAGUAUUCGUCGAUUUAAAAUUAUAAGGCCAAAAAUCAUUUAUACAAAUAUUAUAGAUGUGUUUUUUUACAGGAAUUAUUCCAUCGAAAAAGACGACAGAAUUCUUCAACUGUUUGGCGGCUUUAAAGAUUAUUUAUCAGAGGAUGAUAUAUGGGAAUUAUCAGAAACUAUAAAACCUCGCUCAAGAAAGAGCAAGUAAUA